AUGGCCAACCACGCAAAGGAGGAAGAACACGAGGGAGCCUCCACGCGCGAGCUCCUCAUCGAGGCCUGCCGCCGCAACAACACCGACCUGCUCCACGAGAUCCUCUCGUCGCCGGGGCUCAAGGACAACGAGGACGCGAUCGCGCAGCUGCUCAACACGACAACAACAGUGCUGGGCAACCACCUGUACCACGAGGCCGCGUCGCAGGGCAACUACGAGAUCAUCGACAUGCUGCUGGACCAGCCGGGCUUCGAGUGCGACCCGGUCAACCGGGUCGAGGGGGACACGCCGCUGCACAGCGCGGUGCGGUGGAUCAACAGCGAGCCGCCGGCGCAGCGCGAGUUCGGGAACGCGCUGGUCGAGAUGAUGCUCGAGGCCGGGUCGAAUCCGCGGAUCAAGAACAAGGGCGGGCUGACGCCGCUGCAGCUCGUCGAUCCGCGGAACGAAGGGCUGAAGGAGGUGAUUCGGAAGCAUGAGUAUGCCACGCUGAACGCGGGCGAUUUCGUCAGUGCGGACGAGGUGAAAGGGGCCCAAAAGCUGUUGGCGGGGCAACAGGCGCAGGCAGAUGGGGCCGAGGAAGAGGAGGAGGAGGAGGAUGACGCCGAGUUCAGCGGGAGCGACGAGGAGGAGAGGGCCGAGUGGGAGAGGCGGCGGAAGGCGAAGAGGGCGUGA